UCUGCAGGUCGAGAGGUCUGGUCUGUUUGAUAAGCCUGUUUUUUUUUUGUUUUUUGUUUAGCUUAACGUCCUUGUUGCGGUUAUAACCGAGCCUAGGACACUUGAUAAGCCUGAGUGUGUGACUAGGCUUUUAUCUGGUAUUGAUGCACCAAUCACGUGGUAUUUUUAACACCACUGGAGACCAGGUAGCGGCAGUACCCAAGGUUUCUUAAUUUCUCAUUCUUACUGAAUUUUGUCGUAACGAAACGGAACCAAACAUGAGCCAGAUUGCGUCCAAAUUGAGAGAAGUGAUUGGUCGUAACUUAAGAAAGCCUGAGGCCACAUUAAUUGGACGAAUCAUUAAGAAAUAUGGACUUGAAAAGAAGAAUAGAGUUAUAGAAUUAGAAGCAGUGCGUCUCUGUGACGUACAGCCAGAUUACAAAGUAUUGGAGGUCGGCUUCGGUCCUGGUAUUGGAAUAGAGGCCACAUACAACAUUAUAAAAGGUGGAAAUGGAAAGGUUUACGGUGUCGAUUUUUCAGAGGAGAUGGUUGAAUCUGCCACAAAACGUGUGAACGAAGGUAUCAGUAACGGGAAGGUGGAGUUACAUCAUGCUGACGUGGCCAACAUGUCUUUUCUAAAAUCCAACAGUUUUGACCGAGUCUUUCAUUGUAACUGUUACUAUUUCUGGCCUGACCUGACUUUGGCAGUAAAUGAGCUCAACCGUGUGAUGAAACCAGGUGCCGUUAUGGUAACAACGAUGAACUAUGAACGUUUGAAAAAGAUACAGUCCAAAGGUUAUUUUGACAAAUGUGGAAAUAUAGACAUGAAUCGCUACUUAAGUGCAUUGCAGUCUGGUGGAUUUCAAGAAGUGAAGUUGAAAAGUUUUAAACAUGAAAGUUCUGGAAUAAACAUUGAGGCUAUAAUUGCACAAAAAUUGGAAAAUUGAAAAAAAAAUUUUCUAUGAAUGGUCUCCUGCAUUCUAAAAUUAUAUAUUCAAGUAAUCUUUACAUAUUUCUCAAAGUAGUAAAGCUGUGCACGUUACUUGGUUAAAUUCUACGACCACUUAUUAGCGGGACAAAUCCUACAUGCUAAGUAUUUAGUAAUUAGAAACAAUUUAAUGUUGUACCAGUUUUUUGUUAAUUAUUAUGUAAAUAGCUUAAUCACAAGAUCAUAAGUUUUCUAUGUCUUAUCAGUAUUUUUUAAAGUUGUUGAAUUUUUUUUGCUAAUAAAUAUAAUGUUGCAAACAAAUGAUUGUUGACAGAAAUAUCAAACUUUAUUUAUUUCCUAAGUAAAGAUGAAAUUAACCUUGGACAACA